AUGCAAAUCCAAGCACUCCUUCAAGUCUUCGCGUCGGCCCUUGCUAUCAGCGGCGUCACCGCCGAGCUCCACGAACGAGAGAUCUAUGCUCGUGAUAUCGCCCCCGGCCAACUCAGACACCUCGCAAAGUACCAGGCCAAGAAUGCCCGCUCUCUCAGCCCUGACCAGCAUGCUGCCCUCGAGCGUAUGAAGCGUCUUGUCAAGGACUAUGCGGUCGACGACAUCCACGAAGCCCGCGCGGCAUGCGAGUCUGCAUUUGGCGACGCAGAGUGUAAACGAGUCUUGCAUGCUGGCAGAGACGUCAACCAUGCUCGCCGGGGCCCGCUUGUUGGAAGAGCUCCAACUUGCGAGUGCGCUGACCAGAGUCCGUAUUGUCCUGGUUCCCAGCAUUGCAAGUACAAGUUGGCAAACUGCAAUUUUACAUCGAAGGGCUGCGGUGCCCUUGGACUUUAUGUCUGCAACGGACUCUGCGAGUGA